CCAACAGCGUACAGGGGCCAUAAAGUUUCUGUGCCCCCCUACUUUCUAUCCCACCUCCCAGGGUCCUCCCGCCCCACCACUUUGCAUCAUUCAGGGCUGGUGGGGGUGUGGAAACCACUACUUGCAAGCUCCAUUGCCUCUAGACACCUGCAACAUCGCCUAGUUUCACCCUAUAUUCGCGUUGUUUCGACGUGAAAACUUCUAAAUAGCCUGCUAGAACGCGGAACUACACCUGGCUCGCUUUUUUUCGCUUUGAUUUUGACCAAAAAGAGCUCUUUUUUAAGUCUGACCCCUAAGUCGCUGACUUUUUGCAUGUUUGCACAUAAUUUGACAGCGAUUUCGUGCAAUUGAAACACUCCUCACGCCUACUUCUCUUUUGGGAACGAAAACUCCGCUCUUCCUAUCCAAAAUCAUAGUUUCAUCUCGUUAUUCUUCACGUUCUUCACGGUUUCUUCCGCCCCUCUAUUUUUUCUGUUUAUCUUAAUUAUUCUGUAUUCUCCUUUUUGUUCCGUUGUUCUCUGUUUUUUUCUUGUUUGGAUCGCUUUUCUUAGUGGAUCGGAUUCCUUUUUUUUUUCGUUUCUAAAGUACUUUCGCCGAGGAUGGUCGUGGAAGGUGAUGCGUAUCUCGGGAGCCUUGCUUCAUUCAUUCAUUCGAAUGAGCCUCGGUUGGCCAGACUGUCAGCUCAAUCAAACUCGCUGUUCAGCACUCCGUUGCAACUACAAUUGACUCCUCAUCACCUUUACUACCUACUGUCAUCGUUUGAAGAAAUAGGAGUGGACGUAGGCCGUCUGGAUGUUCGUAUGCGAACACUACGCGAUGACUCACCCCAGAAUUAUGAGUCGUUUCUCAAUUCACAAUGCUCUCAUAAUCAACCGGUUGAUACGGACUCUAUGAGUAUGCGAAGUGUGGCAACAAUGAACAGCAUUGUCUCAUCCAUCGCCUCGUUUUGGUCGUUGCUUGCCUUUUCCGGCGGCACGCAGGAAGAGCGGAAACGCGCAAAACGCUUGCACAACCUGCGUUACUUAUACUCCUGUUUCACCAUCCUGCCUGCACUCCGUCUGUCUCCGAACAAAAAGGCACUUCCAAUUGCCGGUUUUGAGGAAUUUCCUUUCGACACUGCCGUUCCCCUUGGCAUUUUUAAAAAUUUGUCGCGGCUAGACAUAGUCGACUACGACCCUCGGCGUUUUUUAGGUUGGGACUUUUUGUCGCAAACGUUAAAGUAUUUGAACUUGCGUCAAUGUGAGGUGCAUGAUUUGGACUUAGUGCUUGUUGACCUGGUCCUCGAUGAUGCUGAUGGGUUUCGCUAUCGCUCAUGCUCUUCGAGAACCGGUGCACAGGCGAAUAGUCCAAACGGUUCGCCGAACACGAAUGCCGACUCGGACAAUGACCAGCAAUCGCCUCUUGCCGCUCGUCGUCGUACGGGUAAUAUCUCUACACCCACUAGCCCGACAAAAACAUUUCAAACGCAUGUGCGGAAGCGUUCCUGCUCCAUGGAUGGAGGCAAAUACACACACACGAAAUCGCACAGCACCCGCCCACGCGCUCCAUCCAGCCUCAGUACUUCUUCGCGCCGUCGCUACUUUUCUUCCUCUUCUUCUCUCCGAAACCUUGCAACGACUACUUCUCGACACACCGAUUUACCGAAGCACGCGUGGAAGCAGUUGCUGUACUUGCGGUGCUCUGAAAGUCACCUAACUUCGCUCACGUCGUCCACGCUUUUGCAAUUGACUUCCCUUGUCUCUCUUGAUUUAAGUCAUAACCAAUUCACUAGCAUACCUGAGUCUCUCGUUUCACUACCUAAUCUCCGUUCUCUUAAUAUGGCCCACAACCGUAUUACCUCAUGUACAAAUCUCCUUUAUCAUCGUCUUCCCUCCCUUGAAUACCUUAUUCUUUGUGGCAACCAAAUGACAGGGUUGUCUGGUCUUGAAACGCUGACGACCUUGCGUAAGUUGGAUGUCCGUGACAACUGUCUCACCGACCCUGCCGAGUUGCGACGACUCACCGGAUUGUCGUCGUUGCAAGAUGUGUAUUUCACACCCAAUCCAUUUACCCGCACACACACCUCUCACCGUGUCUCCAUUUUCAACUAUUUCCGCGAAUCACCCACCGCCAACGAAGUGCUGCUUGACGGCAGAAGUCCCAGCAUGUUGGAAAAAAUGUACCUCAUCGACAAAGUUCAACCCAUCGCCGAUGACACCAUUCCCGAACCAGUAGCGACACCAGCAAACGACACCAACACUCCAGUCAAGACGGGCGACGCCGUAAUGUAUCCAUCCAAUCCUAGCCACUCGUCCGUCCGUCUCAAGAAGUUUGGACGUUCUCGAGUCAUUGAACUUUCGUCUCCUUGCUCGUGCACUGGUGUUGACAUAACACUCACUAACCGUCAACUGUGUAUGACAGUUGACGACGCAUCCAUUGAUCCAGAUGAUCCUGCCCUCUCGCCCACCGUGGGCGAAUCGUACCGACACAAACUCGAAGCCUUGCGCCAGUCAGCAGGUUCGCAAUGGCUUCAAGCGUUGGCGAACGAAAACGCGCAACGCACUAGUGGUGAAGCCGCCAACGAAGCAUUCAUUGUGAAGUAACAGCCUCUUUUUGUUUUCACGUAUUACCGACUCUUCUUCGUUGCUCUUCAUCUCAAUGGCUCUACCGACGCCGCAAAAUGCCCAACCUUUUCCUGUUCUUUUGUUUUUUCUCUCUGCAAACGCGAAACGCGCGUUUGCAUGCGCACACAAUUGUCGGUCUUAUUUAUGAUUCGUCGAUAUUUCGCAAAAUCGACCACAUACCUUUCUUUCAGCUGAAUCGCUUAAAAUAAGCUUAUUUAUAUCUACGUAAGACGCGCCAUGCAAGUUCGCAACAGUCAAGCAGGUCUCGUCAGCAUGUCGUCAUCCCAACACGUCAGACUGCUGGUGGGAUCGGUGGAGCGACCGAACUGCGCAUUCUAUGUCACGAAAUGAUGUCCUUAGCUUCCCGACAAUUUCUAAUUUACGAUUGUGUUGUUUAUGAUACUGAAUGAAUCCGUUCUUUUUUUUCUGUAAA